AUGUACCAAGAAUUGAAACAAAGGUUUCCUGGCAGAGAAAAGCAAAUUGGUCAGUUGAGUUGCGCUACCGCUUCAAAUGUUGACGAAGCGAGUUAUUCACCGCAGAGUAUCUUCAUCUAUGGCCCACCUUCAACCGGCAAGACAACUCUCACCACAGAAUUUUUCAAAGCUCAUGGAGCCUAUGUCAAUUGCGUAGAAUGCUUUACGCCACGCCUCUUGUUUGAGCAUUCCCUAGAUAAACUGAUCCAACAUAGACCCACGCACGCCAACGGCUACUCAACCACUCGAAAGAUUGAUAAUGUACAGCAAUUUGUCAAGGCAAUCCGCGAGCAUUUCAAAGAUGAGAAAAAGACAAAAUACCUGAUUCUCGAUAGAGCGGAACGUAUCCGUGACAUGACAGGCACCAUCUUACCUGUUCUAUUGCGCCUCUCAGAACUCACUGAAUGCAACAUUUGUGUGGUAUUUAUAUCCAGCAUUGUAUUUGAAAAGUUUAGAAUGAAAGGUGGAAGCAUGGAGCCCUAUUUGAUUCGAUUUUCAGAAUACACCCGUGAAGACACACUGGCCAUUUUGCAACUGGAUUUUACACCUACUACCAUCGACAAUGUGGAACUGGAUGAUGCCUUUUAUGCUGGAUUCUUGGAGCUCAUUUAUUCCAUUUUUUGCCACAAUUGCAAAGAUAUCAAUGAACUGCGAUACUUUGCAUCGCUCUUAUUCCCUGUCUAUAUACAACCUCUCAAAGAUGGAACAGUGUUACCUACCGAGAAGGCGAAAUUAUUCAAGCAUGCACAGCCCUAUUUUUCAGAGGCCACCGAGAAGUUGUAUUUGCGUGAGAUCUCUAGCGCAGAAUGGUCUCGUGAAACAAAGGAUUUGGAUAAUGCUGCUCGUCAUAUUGGUCGUUCGAAAGAGGUUGAAUUGCCAUUCUAUUCUCGCUUCUUGCUGAUAGCAGCGUAUUUAGCUUCGUAUAAUCCGCCUCGAUUUGAUGUCCGUUACUUUGCAAAAUCUACAAAUGAAAACACCAAGAAGAAGCGUGGUGGUGGAACUCGAAAGACAGUGGACAAGUUGGGCGGAAAGAUGCGGCAGCAAUUGCUUGGACCAAAGGCAUUUCCUGUGGAGCGUAUGCUGGCUAUCUUUUACAGUAUCGUAGACGAGUCUUUGGAAGAUACAGUGGACAUUCAGUUACAAAUCACAAGCUUAACAACAUUGCGUCUACUAGUGAGGACGACGGCUAUGGAUCGUUUGGAUGGUGCUAAAUACAAGUGUAAUGUCAAUUUUGAGUUCAUUAGAAAUAUUGCAAAAACCGUUCGAUUCGAAGUAGACAAGUAUCUGUAUGACUUCUGCUAA